AUGGUCUGCCCCAUUCUUUCCUCAUCCAUACUGCAUGAAAGUUAUGCAUCUUUCUUGAGCAUCUAUGAGAAGAAUCGGCAGAUUUAUGAUGUUGCUGCUGGCGAUGAUCAUCCAAAAUCGAUGGAGUGCUGUUUCUUCCAAAAGCAUCUUUAUGCAAUGUGUUCCUUGCGACAUCAUUCGCAGCCACUCACCGAACCACCAAACAACAAAUCAGGCAGUGAAGAGGAUCGUACAAGUUUGCGCGGUAUUAUCAAUUUUCCAGAUAUAAAUGUCACAUUUUUCCAAUGUGGUCUAAUUGAAAAAACCAUACAAUCUGCAUCGUUGGAGGAUUCCGUGUCCCACUUAGCACGUAGCAGCGUGAUUUUAUUUCAUUUCGAAAAAAGUGAUCUGUUAUUCUCAAGACAAGCAGUGACUAAGAACAAAAAUUUGCCGGACAUGGAAUUCACGCUACAAGGCCAUGCACAGUUCCUGCAGUUGGUUGAAUCAUGGAAAUUGGAUUUUGCAUAUAACAAAUCGUUUUGUCCAAAUUACACAACGAACUGGAAUGAACUGAAUUUAAGCGAUCGUCUUACCGGAUAUGAUCUGCGAGUUGUCGCAGGUUUGCUGUUAAAGCUUCUGGAUUCUUCAGAUGAUGGUAUCGCCUGCUUCGGAAUUACAGAUGGACAUGACCCCACCAUAGGAAAGCUUUUCAGCACCGCCAUUUAUGCUCGGAGUAUUUUUUACCCUUGUAUUUUUUGUGUAUUAUUUAUUUCGUACAACGGGCAUGACGUAGCUGCAAGUAACACCGCUCUCGUACUGAAAAUCAUGGGGAAAUCAACCUUGUUUCGCCGUCAAAAUUUUUUUCGUUGA